GAGACCCGGCGUGAGAGUGGGAAGGAGCCUUGACAGGCAACACUGUGACCCAAUGGUUUUUCUCUGACUUCGAGUGCGGACCAAUGAAGCUAGUGGGGCGGGACUUCCGCCUUGCUUCGGUGUUGUCGUCCCUGCUCCGACUCCGGGCUGUGGGGGUCGGUGCGGAUAUUCAGUCAUGAAGUCAGGGUAGGGACUUCUCCUGCAGCGACGCGGCCGGCGAUCCUGUUUGUGUUCCCGGGGCGGGCUUCCAGGUGAUUUUACAACGAGAUGCUGCUCUCCCUAGGGAUGCUCAUGCUGUCGGCCACACAGGUCUACACCAUCUUGACUGUCCAGCUCUUUGCAUUCUUAAACUUACUGCCAGUAGAAGCAGACAUUUUAGCAUAUACUUUUGAAAAUGCAUCGCAGACAUUUGAUGACCUUCCAGCAAGGUUUGGUUAUAGACUUCCGGCUGAAGGUUUAAAGGGUUUUUUGAUUAAUUCAAAACCAGAGAAUGCCUGUGAACCUAUAGUGCCUCCACCACUAAAAGACAAUUCAUCUGGCGCUUUCAUUGUGUUAAUUAGAAGACUUGAUUGUAAUUUUGAUAUAAAGGUAUUAAAUGCACAGAGAGCAGGAUACAAAGCAGCCAUAGUUCACAAUGUUGAUUCUGAUGACCUCAUAAGCAUGGGAUCCAACGACAUUGAUGUAUUAAAGAAAAUUGACAUUCCAUCUGUCUUUAUUGGUGAAUCAUCAGCUAAUUCUCUGAAAGAUGAAUUCACAUAUGAAAAAGGUGGUUAUAUUGUCAAAUUCCCAUCCAUAAGUGUUAAACUUAAAAGAUAUUUGUUAUUUUAAUGACCAUUUUCUAUUUGCAUGUUUAAUAUCUGACUCCUUUUUUUCCUCUUUUAUUUUUAGAUCACAAAAUUUGUCCAGGACAGACAUAGAGCUAGAAGAAACAGACUUCGUAAAGAUCAACUUAAGAAACUCCCUAUACAUAAAUUCAAGAAAGGAGAUGAGUACGAUGUAUGUGCAAUUUGUUUGGAUGAAUAUGAAGAUGGAGACAAGCUCAGAAUCCUUCCCUGUUCCCAUGCUUAUCACUGCAAGUGUGUAGACCCUUGGCUAACUAAAACCAAAAAAACCUGUCCAGUCUGCAAGCAAAAAGUUGUUCCUUCCCAAGGCGAUUCGGACUCGGACACAGACAGUAGUCAAGAAGAAAAUGAAGUGUCAGAACAUACCCCUUUACUUAGACCUUUAGCUUCCGUCAGUGCCCAGUCAUUUGGGGCUUUGUCAGAAUCCCACUCACAUCAGAACACGACAGAAUCUUCAGACUAUGAGGAAGAUGACAAUGAAGAGACCGACAGUAGUGACGCAGAAAAUGAAAUUAAUGAACACAGUGUCGUGGUCCAAUUGCAGCCUAAUGGUGAACGGGAUUACAACAUAGCAAAUACCGUUUAACCUUCAGAAUGUGGUUGGUAUUUUCCCUUUAAAAUGUUUAUUUAGGUAUAUACUGUAAUUUGAUUUUUUUUUUUUUGCUCCCUUCAGAGAUUUCUGUAAAAAUAACUUACUUUUUAAUAUUCUACAGUUUAAUCAGAUUACUGAAACAGGCUUUUUGAUCCAGUAUUUAUCUGCAGGAGUGUACUUCAUUUCACCAAUAAGUAAUAAUAGACUGGUGCUGUAACUCAAGCAUCAAAUCAUUUUUGGAAUGAAAUAUAGCCAAAAUAUUUUUUUUAAAUCCUCAAUAUAGUUUGCAAUUAAGACCUAGAUCAGAAUAUGCAAAUGUUUUGUGUUUCACACACAAGGUCAGUGCUGUGGCCACCUAGCAUGAACUAAGCCAACUUCCACCUCCAUGAAGUUACCUAGAGUUGUUGAGUUGGAAUGUGUUUGUUCUGCUGUUUCCCCAAAUUGCCAUCAUUAGUGAGAGGCAACAAGGUAAUUUAGCAUUUUUCUUAUCAGCACAAAGAAACUGAAAGCUUUUUCCUUCCUGUUCUCAAGUAGUCUUAUCCUGAUAGGAACAGUCUGUAGUAGUGCAGAUUUCAAAAGUUUUUUUUUUUUAAGGUUUUUAAUUCUAUAGUGUUAUGUAUGAAUUUGAUUCAGCAGCUAAAGUAACGGCUCUGGACUUUACUUACUGAAUUUCAGUACCCUUAAGGGUUUUAUGUUGUGAUCAAAGCAAAAAGAAAAUGCUGCAUAAAGAUACCAAACUUCAGCAACUGUUAAUACUCAGAUCAUAUACCUCUUAAUAAAGAGCAACUUAUGCUAAUUAGCCCUGCUAAACUAUGUACAGAGGAAAUUGUUCAAGUAUUAAAUUUAAAAGUAAAAAAGUGCUUAUGUUUAACAGAACUAAUGAUGUAUUGAAACAAUGUAUUAUGAAAAGCUAAAUUAUACAUCAUUGUAACUAUGUAGAAAAUGUAGACUAAUGUAUAAUCAAAAUGCUAAGAACUUUUAUAUGGCCUUGUAAGAGGGGAGUCUGAAUGUUAAUAAACAUGUUUUCCACUUUAAGAACCA